UGCCCGAGCCGCCCCCAAGAGCCCCCUGAAGCGGCACCCCUGUCACGACCCAUUCGCGUGCACCCGGCACCCCAGGAGCUCCGACCCCAACUCUCAGCAUGGGCAGCAAGGAGCGCUUCCAUUGGCAGAGCCACAACGUGAAGCAGAGUGGCGUGGACGACAUGGUGCUGCUGCCCCAGAUCACCGAGGAUGCCAUCUCAGCCAACCUGCGCAAGCGCUUCAUGGACGACUACAUCUUUACCUACAUCGGCUCGGUGCUCAUCUCUGUAAACCCCUUCAAGCAGAUGCCCUACUUCACUGACCGCGAGAUCGACCUCUACCAGGGCGCGGCCCAGUAUGAGAACCCCCCGCACAUCUACGCCCUCACGGACAACAUGUACCGGAACAUGCUCAUCGACUGUGAGAACCAGUGUGUCAUCAUCAGUGGAGAGAGUGGAGCUGGGAAGACGGUGGCAGCAAAAUACAUCAUGGGCUACAUCUCCAAGGUGUCUGGCGGGGGAGAGAAAGUCCAGGGAAAGUAUUUCGAGAUCCAGUUCAGCCGAGGCGGGGAGCCGGAUGGGGGCAAGAUCUCCAACUUCUUGCUGGAGAAGUCCCGCGUGGUGAUGCAGAACGAAAGCGAAAGGAACUUCCACAUCUACUACCAGCUGCUGGAAGGGGCCUCCCACGAACAGCGGCAGAACCUGGGGCUCAUGACGCCCGAAUACUAUUACUACCUCAACCAAUCGGACACCUACAAGGUGGACGGCACCGAUGACAGGAGUGACUUCGGUGAGACGCUGAGCGCCAUGCAGGUCAUCGGGAUCCCGCCCAACGUCCAGCAGCUGGUCCUGCAGCUGGUGGCGGGGAUCCUGCACCUGGGGAACAUCAGCUUCUGCGAAUACGGGAAUUACGCCCAGGUGGAGACCGUGGACCUCCUGGCCUUUCCCGCCUACCUGCUGGGCAUCGACUGUGGACGGCUGCAGGAGAAGCUGACCAGCCGCAAGAUGGACAGCCGCUGGGGUGGGCGCAGCGAGUCCAUCGACGUCACCCUCAAUGUGGAACAAGCAGCCUACACCCGCGACGCCCUGGCCAAGGGUCUCUACGCCCGCCUCUUCGACUUCCUUGUGGAGGCCAUCAACCGUGCAAUGCAGAAGCCACAGGAAGAGUACAGCAUCGGCGUGCUGGACAUCUACGGCUUUGAGAUCUUCCAGAAAAACGGCUUCGAGCAGUUCUGCAUCAACUUCGUCAACGAGAAGCUGCAGCAAAUCUUUAUCGAGCUCACCCUGAAGGCCGAGCAGGUCUCACCCCCUCCCCCACUGCAGGUCUCCUAUGACGCCAGCGGCUUCUGCGAGAGGAACCGAGACGUCCUCUUCUCCGACCUCAUAGAGCUGAUGCAGAGCAGCGAACUGGCCUUCCUCCGGAUGCUCUUUCCCGAAAAGCUGGAUGGGGACAAGAAGGGCCGCCCCAGCACCGCCGGCUCCAAGAUCAAGAAACAAGCCAACGACCUGGUGACCACGCUGAAGCGGUGCACGCCACACUACAUCCGAUGCAUCAAGCCCAACGAGACCAAGAGGCCCCGGGACUGGGAGGAGAACAGGGUCAAGCACCAGGUGGAGUACCUGGGACUCAAAGAGAACAUCAGGGUGCGCCGGGCGGGCUUCGCCUACCGCCGCCAGUUCUCCAAGUUCCUGCAGAGGUACGCCAUCCUGACCCCCGAGACGUGGCCGCGGUGGCGCGGGGACGAACGUCAGGGUGUCCAACGCCUGCUUCAGGCGGUCAACAUGGAACCCGACCAGUACCAGAUGGGCAGCACCAAGGUCUUCGUCAAGAACCCGGAGUCGCUGUUCCUCCUGGAGGAGAUGCGAGAGCGAAAGUUCGACGGCUUUGCCCGCACCAUUCAGAAGGCCUGGCGGCGCCACGUGGCAGUCCGGAAGUACGAAGAGAUGCGAGAGAAAGCUUGCAAUAUCCUGCUCAACAAGAAGGAGCGGAGGCGGAACAGCAUCAAUCGGAACUUCGUCGGGGACUACCUGGGACUGGAGGAGCGGCCGGAACUGCGCCAGUUCCUGGGCAAGAGGGAGCGGGUGGACUUCGCUGACUCGGUCACCAAGUAUGACCGUCGCUUCAAGCCCAUCAAACGGGACUUGAUCCUGACACCCAAGUGCGUGUAUGUGAUUGGGCGAGAGAAGGUGAAGAAGGGACCCGAGAAGGGCCAGGUGUGUGAAGUCUUGAAGAAGAAGUUGGAGAUCCAGGCCCUGCGGGGAGUCUCUCUCAGCACGCGGCAGGACGAUUUCUUCAUCCUGCAAGAGGACGCAGCUGACAGCUUCCUGGAGAGCGUCUUCAAGACCGAGUUCGUCAGCUUACUGUGCAAGCGCUUCGAGGAGGCGGCGGGGAGGCCCCUGCCUCUCACCUUCAGCGACACACUACAGUUCCGGGUGAAGAAGGAGGGCUGGGGCGGAGGCGGCACCCGCAGCGUCACCUUCACCCGCGGCUCUGGCGAGGUGGCCGUGCUCAAGGCCAGCGGCCGAACCCUCACGGUCAGCGUGGGGGACGGGCUGCCCAAGAGCUCCAAGCCUACGCGGAAGGGAAUGGCCCAGGGAAGACCCCGGAGGUCGGCCCAGGCCCCUACUCGGGCGGCUCCCGGACCCCCCAGAGGCCUGGACCGCAAUGGGGUGCCCCCCUCUACCAGAAGGGUCCCCUUGCCACUGGAGAUCACAUCUGGAGGGGGCUCCCGGAGGCCUCCCCAGGCCCUUCCGUCCUCAAACCUGAGGGCCAGCAGACGCCACCGGGCACAGCCACCCUCAGAGCACAACACAGAAUUCCUCAACGUGCCUGACCAGGGCAUGGCCGGCAUGCAGAGGAAGCGCAGUGUGGGGCAGCGACCCGUCCCCGGCGUGGGCCGACCAAAGCCCCAGCCUCGGACACAUGGCCCCAGGUGCCGGGCACUUUACCAAUACGUGGGCCAAGAUGUGGACGAGCUGAGCUUCAAUGUGAACGAAGUCAUCGAGAUCCUCAUGGAAGACUCCUCGGGCUGGUGGAAGGGCCGGCUGCACGGCCAAGAGGGCCUCUUCCCUGGAAACUACGUGGAGAAGAUCUGAGUUGGGGACGUGGGAUUCUGCCCUCCCUCACGCCCGCCCACCUGCCAGGGAGCCAGGCCCUGCCCAUAGGAGCCCCGUUUAUCGUGGCUGCGUUAGCCUGAAAGUCCAAUCCUGUGGCCUCCAGCCCAGCCCAGACCCUCCCUGGGUCUCAGGGGUCACCGCUGCAGCCCCCUCCCCAGGGUCCCGGUCUCACCCACGUCACACCCAUUGCCCAAGUCUCCGUGUCUUCACGUGUCAAAUGGAGUUACCAGCAGAAUCUACCUCCCAGCUGCUCUGUGAUUAUGAAAUGAAUCAUGUCCUAUGCUGUUGGCAAAGUGCUGGGCAUAGUCGGGGGGGGCGCUCUGGACAAGCGUGACUUUGCUCCUUCUCUCAUCACUGAGGCAAUAAACGUUUGCCGGGUGAAAGCAUGAGUUAGCCUGAGUGCCCGGCGACGCUCUCACAACCCUGUGAGGCAGGAAGCAUGAAUGUUCCCAUUUCACAGAUGGAAAAAUGGUCAGGACUUAAUGUGACAACAUUCGAUGGCCCAGGACGGACAUCCGCAGCCCCUCAGAAAGAAGACAGUCUGGGAGAGAAGGGGACAGACUGGUGGGGGCAGGAGCAGGGGCUCGGCACUGAGCUAGAGAAGGGACAGGUGCUGCGAUUGGUUCUCAACAGCCCUUUUUA